AUGGCCGAUCAGCUCGAGCAGGAGUCGUUGGAAGAACAGAUAGCGUCGGCCUUAAGGACAGUGAUGCAGACCCUCCAGCGCAACAAUGAUAUGAAGAGAAUCAUCAUUGAUAACGAUCACCUCCUUCACGAUCAUACUGACGCAGCGAAACAACAACUGCUUUCAACCUCGAAACAGCGAUCCGAAACACGGACAGGGGAGAGACCAUGCCAAGCAAUAGCAUUGCCGACAUGGAAUCUCACACAGAGACUCUUGCGAAGACGCGGCGACCAAACAACGCAGGUCGAGCCGAGAACGCAAGCGAACCGGGAGCAGGACGAACCACCGAGCAGCAGAGACGGCAAGCGACACCUAGACAAGAACCAGCCCGCCCACCUUGAAGCAAAAAAGAGAAAAAAACGGGAGGAAGAGGAGAUGAACGACGAUGACGCCCCAGAGACGAUGGAUGAAGUCGGCGAGGCCGAGAGAGAAGCCAAAGACGAGGACGAACGAGAAGAACCGAGUGAGGAGGACGUUGUCACAGAGCAGAUAGAAUAG